AUGUCGUCCUACGGCGCCAUAAUGCCCACAGCGGCCCGCGGCCUUUUCUUGUCAUGCCGCCCAUCGCUCCGAGAAAAGUCAAUUGUUCCGGCGCUAUCUGUCAUUCAGCAGGUUCGCGGUGUCAAGAGCAACCCGCAGGCUAAGGGCAAGGGGAAGAAGGAGACCAAGGUCGAUCGGAGAGGGCCUCGUGAAUUCCGACAAAGGAACCUGAAAGAUAUUGAACAGUAUGCGCUGUGUGAUGCAAUGCGCUAUCUCCGGGCAAUGGAAGUCGGUCGCGAGCCCACAGCAUCGAAGUACGAAGUGCACAUUCGUAUUCGCACAAAGAAAGACGGUCCAGUCAUCCGCAACAUGAUCCGAUUCCCCCAUGCGGUCCAAACCGAAUCCCGUAUUUGUGUCAUCUGUCCCCCCGAAUCCAAGCAAGCAAAGGAGGCGCUUGCGGCAGGCGCUGUUCUUGUUGGUGAAGACGAGGUUUUCGAGGCUGUCAAAGCUGGCAAGAUUGAAUUCGACCGAUGCCUUGCCCAUCCUGAUAGUUUACCGGCGCUCAACAAAGCUGCGCUGGGCCGCGUCCUUGGUCCUCGAGGUCUGAUGCCGAGUGUGAAGACCGGUACCGUUGUGGAAGAUGUUGCUGCUCGUGUGGAGAUGUUGCGUGGAGGUACUACCUACCGAGAGCGUGAUGCUCUGCGCGACAACCUGCGUACCACAAUCGAGCAGAUCAAGAAGGAUGCUUCUGGGCUCAAUGAUCGCAUCAACAAGGAGAUCUACGAAGUGGUGUUAAGCUCCAGCCACGGGUCCGGAUUUAGCUUGAAUGGCGAGUUCAAGUCGGACCACUCCCCCGAAACCUCUGCCUUGACUGGCGUGUAA